ACAACAGUGUGGCUCAUUUUAAACUUAUCUAAACGUAAUUAUGGGUCGUUUAUUCACUUUCUGUCAAGAAAUAUCCUAAAUGUUACACACUGGUUCUUUAACAGUGAACAAUAUUCCAUCAUGGUGUAUUUACUGAGCAUCAAAGGUCAGAUAGACAAAGAUAGAGACUCCAUAAAAAGCAGAAAUGGCUCUUGGUCUGUGUGUAGUGAAGCAGUAUAUGUGCUAUAUUGGGGUUUAGGAUCAUUUUGGGUCUCGUAUUGUUUCCUUUUCCAAUAUAGAGUGAAAAGGUCUUUAUGUUACUAUAGCUACGUAACUAUUAACCUCAAAGGUGACCCGUCAGUGCCGUGUUUUACACCCAUUCUCUUUUCUUUUUUUUUGCACCCUGGACGUCCGCACUGCAUUUUCAUACUUCAAAUAAAAACCUCUGCGCUUUUAAUGUCUUUGUGCCGCAGCUGGGAACCGCUUUGUGUCUGUGGCACAAAAAAGGAAGAGCACACACGAGUGGCGUAUCAGUGUCAGUCCAGGUGACACGCAGCACCGCACGCUUUGACGCAGACAAAAUAAUACAGUUACUCAUACAGGCCGACUGUGCGCCUCACAGGGCACGCGGGCCACAUCAAAGCCGGCCCGUCACACUGUUUGAACGUGGAGCCAAGACUCAAACCCGGAGACGCUCGCUCGGUGAUUUCACUUUAUCAUGCCGAGGUUUAUUAGCUAUGUGAGAGAGGACUGUUUGUGAUGUUUGUGUAAUGGGAUUGAGGGCAUGUUGUGUCAUCUUUUACUAUUUUCUGUGUGUGUUUGCAGCUACUGUUAAAAACGUAGUUUUCUCAAUGGAGUUUGGUUUGCAAUAGUGAGUGGUUAAACCUUUGUAGCACUCCUACUCCCUCCUGUGUGUGUGUGUGUACAUGUGUCAUGUUCGGACAUGUCCCAGUGCCCUUCCUCCAGCCCGUGUGUGUGAUGUUCUGUCUUUUCCGCUGUCCCUCCUUCUAAUCUCCCAUUUCCUCUGGAGUGCUGGUAUUUCAGAGAGGGCGAGCUGGUGUUUACACACACACACACUCAUGCAAAACAAGGCGUAAAGAAAGAGAGAGAGACGAAGAUAGAAGGAGCUCACUGAGAGUCAUCAUGAAUGGAGAGGGGGGGCAGUGUAUUCAGUUUGACAAGGACCAGAGCCGCUGUCUUCCUUGCCCAAUAGGUCACAUCCCUUUAUGCAUAUUCUGGAGGAUGGAUUCUGGGAGGCCUGCCAGACACUGACACGUUCACACAGUCUCUCACACAAACACACUCCACAGUCUGUUGUGUGCUGGUGGUGACAUGAGGUCAGAAAAUCCAAGAUCCUCCCACUCAUUGUUGUGUGUUGAAUGAGUCGGUCCAGCUGGUGGAAGUGGACCUAACUCACAUCGGGUACACUCGUCUGGUCCGACCGAGGAGAUGGACGCCAGCUUUUCCUUCCAGUUCUGAUGUCAGAGGAGUGUGGACGUGUCGUGACAUUCCCUCUUUUGCGUAAUAGUGAGAGUUACAAGGUACCGCCGGCCUGGAUGUCAGGGGAAAAUCCCCUUUUUGAUGUGCCGAGGAUCAGCGUGAGUUCAGCGGAUCAGGGUUUAACACAGGUCCAGAGGGUAAACGGGGACAGUAUGUCAGCGAUGCUGGUGAUGGAGGCGACACAUCUCCAUCGGCCCAGAUCUCCUCAGGUAUGACCCAGAUCCUGAACCUCUCCUGGAGCUCACUGGACAGGGGUACGGCCGACUGGUUUGGGGUGAGCAAAGACAGCGACAGUACCCAGCGAUGGAGGAGGAAGAGCCUGCAGCACUGCGGCCACCUGUACGGGGGUCUGAAGCCUCAGGUGAUGAGGGAAAUGGAGCUGCAGAGUCAGGACAACCUCUCCCUGGCCAGCACUGAGACCCCUCCUCCCCUUUACCUCCCACCCCACCACCCCAGUCACCACCACUGUGGCAUGCAGAGGAUUGUCGACCCCCUGGCACGGGGUCGUGCCUUCCGCAUGGUGGAAGAGGUAGACGGCGUCGGCGUUCCACAUACUCCCAUCACACCCGGCACCGCCUCCCUCUGCUCCUUUUCAAGCUCCCGCUCGGCUCUCAACCGGUUGCCACGGCGACGCAAGCGGGAGUCUGUCGCUGUCAUGAGCCUCAAAGCUGCGGCAGCACUUAUGAAGGGUCGGACAUUAGGAGACGCCGCCGCAGGGAGACAGCGAAGACGCAGUUUCAUGCCGCCUAGUUUCUUUGAAGAUGACACUGUGGACUUUUCCGACGAUCUGGACACUUCCUUCUUCACCAGAGACGGCCUGCACGAUGAGAUGUCGACGUAUGCCGACGAGGUUUUCGAAACCCAAUCAGAAGCCGCCCUCAAACACGUGGAUGAGAGCGAGCUCACAGGAAGUGCGCUGGAUAAGAAUGAACUGGAGCGGAGUCACCUGAUGCUGCCUUUGGAGCGAGGCUGGCGCAAGACGAAAGACAGCUCUCUGGUCCAACCUAAACCGCGUCUGAAGCAGGAGGUGGUCAGCAUCAACAGCCACCAGCAGCGGGGACAGCGCAUCGCGUUACCCGUUAAGAAGCUCUUUGCCCGAGAGAAGAGGCCGUACGGACUCGGCAUGGUCGGCCGCCUCACCAACCGGACGUACCGCAAGCGCAUCGACAGCUUUGUCAAACGGCAGCUUGAGGACAUGGAUGAUCACAGGCCUAUCUUCACAUACUGGAUCACGUUUGUCCAUUUGCUCAUCACUAUUCUGGCUGUGGCUAUCUACGGCAUUGCUCCAGUGGGCUUUUCCCAACAUGAAACUGUGGAUUCUGUGUUGAGGAACAAAGGAGUUUAUGAAAACGUGAGGUUUGUGCAACAACAGAACUUCUGGGUCGGUCCAAGCUCAGAGGCACUGAUCCACCUGGGGGCCAAGUUUUCCCCGUGCAUGCGGCAAGACGAAGAGAUCCAGAAACUGAUCCGGGAGAAGAGAGUGCGAGAGCGGGAGUCCGGCUGCUGUGUGAGGAACGAUCGCUCCGGGUGCCUGCAGACGUUACAAGAGGAGUGUUCGAGUACGCUGGCAGUGUGGGUGAAGUGGCCUCAGCACACGAGUGCUCCGUCUGUGAACGGUGAACUACGGCAGCACGGUGCAGUCUGCCAUCAGGACCCCAGAAUUUGCCUGGAGCCUGCCUCGGUUACACCUCAUGAGUGGCCGGAUGACAUCACCAAGUGGCCGGUUUGUACAAGGUACAACUCUGGGAACCACACCAACCUUCCCCACAUAGACUGCACGAUCACAGGCCGGCCCUGUUGCAUCGGAACCAAAGGGCGAUGUGAAAUCACUUCCAGAGAAUACUGUGAAUUUAUGCGAGGAUACUUCCAUGAGGAGGCGACUCUCUGCUCACAGGUUGCCUGUAUGGAUGAUGUGUGUGGUCUGCUGCCUUUUCUCAACCCAGAGAUCCCAGACCAGUUCUCCAGACUCUGGCUGUCUCUCUUCCUUCAUGCUGGGAUCCUGCACUGCCUGGUGUCGGUGUUGUUCCAGAUGACCGUGCUGAGGGACAUAGAGAAGCUGGCCGGCUGGCUGAGGAUCUCCAUCAUCUACAUGCUGAGCGGCGUCACUGGCAACUUGGCCUCAGCCAUCUUCCUGCCGUACAGAGCAGAGGUGGGUCCUGCAGGCAGCCAGUUUGGUAUCCUGGCCUGUCUGUUUGUGGAGCUGUUUCAGAGCUGGCAGAUCCUGGAGAGACCGUGGUGGGCGUUCGCGAAGCUGCUGGCCAUCUCGGUCUUCUUCUUCUCCUUCGGUCUGCUCCCGUGGAUCGACAACUUUGCUCACAUCUGCGGCUUUGUGUCGGGGUUCUUCCUCUCCUUCGCGUUCUUGCCGUACAUCAGUUUCGGGCGAUCAGAUAUGUACCGUAAGCGGGUCCAGAUCUGCGUCUUCUUGCUGGUCUUCCUGGCUCUGCUGGCGGCUCUGGCCGUGCUCUUCUACGUUUACCCCGUGAAGUGCGAGUGGUGCGAGUAUCUCACGUGCAUCCCCAUCACCGACAAGUUCUGUGAGAAGUACGACUUAAACGCUCACCUCCUCUGAACGCUGGAGAAACUGAUGUCGCACUGAUGAUGUUUGUGAAGGUUUCUCUUGAAAUAACCAGCGUUUGAGGAUUUCUUGUUGAGGUAUAAACACCAAACUGCACUUUUUGGAAAUUGCAUGCAUGAAAGCCCCCGGACACCUGACUUAAAAAAAAAAAAAAAAAGACGUGCAUGAGGACAGAACUUGACUGAAAAGGACUGAUAAUUGACUGAUCUCUAGCUGGACUAAUCAAAGAUCAGUCAGACUCACCAAGGCAUGUGUUUACCUCUCUACUAACAUGGUGUAACAGCACCACCCAGUGGCCAUAAAGGUCCUCACGCCCCGAGGACGAGCUGAGGAUCUUUUCGUUUACAAUCUCACCAGUGAAGAACCACUUAGUGGAAGUCAAAACUUGCCAAGAAGUGACACUCUUAAACAUUAAAUGUGCCUUAUUGACACGGAACCAUCUGUUUCUGGCACCACAUGUACGUCAUGUAAAAUGUGUUUGUUUUUUUAAACCGCCUUUAAAGCACUUCUGUCACAGACAGGUUGUAUUUUUUUCAUUUUUUUUAUCAUGUGUUGCAUGUAGGGAACAAAUCUGUAUGUUAAAACCUGCUGCACUGUAAAAAAUGCCCCUCACCCAUGCGUGUUUUUUUUAUUCAAAGUGGUCGCGUUUUAGCUACCGAACAAUAAACACAACAUGACACGGA